GAGGAGGAGGAGGAGGAGGAUGGGACACUGCUGAUGCUGAUGCGAGAGGUUUCGGUGUCUGUGAUCAACAUCGGCGGGCUGACUGCCGACUGAUGGAGCUUUUUUUGGCGUUAUUUAUUGCCAUUUUCGUUUCACUGUGAGUGCGGACGAGGGUCUCUGUGACGGAUGUGUUUUUUGAGACGAGAGCAACAGAAGAAUUUGAAGAGGGGGAACAGCGGUUUCGUCUCGUCACUCGUCUGGCCUCGUCUGAUUACUGACACAGGUGGAUCGCCGCUGGAAAGGAAAACGCCAUCGAAAUGAGGGCAUAAUCUUGGGCUAUCACAGGAGCGAAGAUAUCCGCAGUUACCCCGUUAAAACCCCCCCCCCCGGGGUGCUGAAGCUAUUGUUUGGUUGCGUUUAACCGAGAGAGGUAGACGCGGGACUGUUAGCUAGCUAAUAGGCUAAUUUCGCUAGCUCGUCAGUUAGCAGCUGGAGAGGAAGAAGUGGGAUGCUCGAAGGAGGAGUUAGCGAUAGUUGCCAGCAUAAAACCACUGGAAGGGGGGGUUGACUUGGUUUGUGUUUGGUUAACCGUCUCGUAACGAGAGGUUUAACGUUAUAGCUAGAGGUGAAUGAAGGUUUGAGUAACACAGGUCGCACCGUUUCCCCGCUGCUCCGUCGGCUUCUCGGCAAAUUAGCUUGCGAUGGAUAACGUUGGAUAAUCGGCUAAGAAAGCUAAUGUUGACAAACACGGGCGACCUAACGCGUUCAUUUGUGUUGUUUCAAAUCGGCCGUCGAGCCGAGGUGCUGUCCGACGUUAUGUUCAGCCCAGUCCUGAGACCUUAUUUCGGGGAUUUGCCAGCUUUCAGGUGGAAGUGAAGCAUGUUGACGUUGGAUGUGCUGGAGCUGAAACAUUUGGCAACAAGCAGGAGAGGACCUGCCAUGACAGACAGGGACGUAGUGAGUCAAAGCACAGUUACAUCAGCACGAUAUUCAGUGAGGCUAAGACAUUCAUAUGAAUUUUGAAUUUAGGGAACAUCGUUGUUGAGACGUGGAUGGCAGUUUAACUAACAAAUACAGUUUGUUAAUCUGUUGCCUGACUGACUCUUGUUACUCAACCUACCUACCUUCUUAAAACUACCCUUACUGGUCAACACUAUACUGUUAUUUAUAAAAAUCACUACUAUACCUGCCAGCAUUUCUAAAUGUUAGCAGCAGACAAUGCUUGUAGGAUUUCCACAGGUUCGUAUCAAGAUUUCACUGGUGCCAUUUAAAAACAUGGCAUUAAGAUUGAAGAAUUGGAUCUUUACAACAGCAGUGAGAUAAGACGUCGCCAGCUUUCUCAAGUUUGCAAAGUGGGACAGCCAAUAUAAAUGGAGCCGACAGUCCUGUCUGGCCCUUUGGGGCACACACAGUGGGAGUCAGAACAGCCAUUUCCUCUUGGAUUUCACACACUGGAUUCAGACAAUGGUGGUGUGCUCUGUCCAAACAAGGGUGGCCCGACAGGUUUGGAUUUCAGAAACAGUGACCAAGAUCAAACAUGCCAACAGUUUGAAGAAGUGAGAAGUGAAGAAGAAAAUAUUUUCCAGGAAAAGCCAGUAGAGUUGGACGACCUCAUAAAUAUCUCGGAUUUUCCUUGUCGAGAUUUGCAGUUUAAGGGAGAUCAGUCCACUAUUUCCCUCGCUUCUCUCCAUAGUACUCACAUAGAGGAAUUGUCCCUCACAGAAAAAACUGAGGGACCCGACGAAAUAAGUGACUGCACAUUGUCAUGGCUAUUUUCCCCCAAACUCGCUGAUGUGGUUGGGAAAAACUCUGCCUGUGAAGAACUGAGUCCAACACAGGAAGACCAUCUUGAGAGCUCAGAUGCCCUCAGUAGUCAGGCUGAGCUAAUAAGCCUCAGUGUACCGGCUUCUCCAUCGAACAUUUCCGAGACCAACACGGGGGAUCCGUUUUUGUUGGUAGAUCUCCUCACAAAUGAACUCCCUUUUCUCCCCCCAGAGUCCUCAGGUGAGUUAAACCCACAGGGUGUCAGUGAGGAGCUGGUAGACUUGUCACAAGAGGAGCAGGCAGGUCUCCCUCCCUCACCGAGCAGGGAGACUUUGUCACCUGAAACCAGAGAUAAAGGUUUAUUCCCUGAUCAAGUGACUGACCUGCCUGUAUCCUGUAGCACUGCCCUGCGAGGUUUACCUGAGAACUGCCUCCCCCAUAACCACAUCAGCGCGCCACUGGAGGGUUUCGAAGGAUCCGUGCCUUUGUUGGAUUUAGAGGUUCCAGAUUGUGAUAGCAGUCUGAGCCUGUGCCCAGCUAGUCCCCCUUCUGUUAUCUGCACUGGUGCACCGUUAGAUUUAUUAACAGAGGAGUCGGAGGUGGAACAUGCAGGAGCUACUGUAAUUACAAAUCUGACUUCAGAUCAACAGGGUGAGAAUGAGUCAUUUGCUUCCGGUUUGUCAGCUGAAUCUGCAUCACUGACGGUGCCUCGGGCUGAAGAUGCCUUCAUCCAGGGUGAUUUCACCAGUGAGAGUUACUCUGUGGAAAAUGAGUCUAAGGAUUUGAUGGAAGACGAGAUUUGUUCUGAAGCCAAAACUCAGGGGAAUGAGGCAAUGGCUUUGGAUCUGUGCUUGACUGUGGACGAGGUCCACGGCGAGGACACUUGGGACUUGAAAACACAGGAGAGCGUACAGGAUGGAAGCGUACCCGGUCCGACAACUGAACAGAGGGAAGAGGAGAGGUUGACAGACGCUGACCAGCUAGAAGGAUCAGAUUGUCAUGAAGUGGCUUCUUUUGAGUUUUCAGUUCAGGACUUACACACUUCUUCUCCUGAGGCUGGGUGGACUAGUGAGCAAGCUGUGGAGACAAUUUCCCUCUCUAAGAUGGUGGUAGAUGACUCACUGCCAAUGGUCUCAGCUGAGAAUACGAGGGAGGAAGAUGUCUCCCCACUAAAAGCUGUGUUCGAUGCUUUAGACCAAGAUGGAGAUGGCUUCGUUCGUAUUGAGGAGUUUAUGGAGUUUGCUGCUGCCUACGGGGCCGAUCAGGUGAAGGAUCUGACCAAGUUUUUGGAUCCCAGUGGCCUGGGAGUGAUCAGCUUUGAAGACUUUCACCGUGGAAUCUCUGCGAUUAGCAAUGGAGGCCCAGAGCCACAGCUCUACAGUGUAAACUACAGUCCAGGGGAUGGAGCUGUGGGCUGUCCAGAGGAGUACGAUGAGCAAAAUGAGGUGACGGACAGUGCCUACCUGGGCUCCGAGAGCACUUACAGUGAGUGUGAGACCUUCACUGAUGAGGACACGGGGGCCCUCGUACCCCCCGAGAUGCAUGAGGAGGUGGAGACGGACAGCGGCAUCGAGGCCACGCUGCACGACCCCGAAGAUGGCAGAAAUAGGUUUUCCCUGAACUCUGAGCACCACAACCACUCCUUGGUGACCGUCAUCGGUGGAGAGGAGGAGCACUUCGAGGACUUUGGCGAAAGUAAUACCUCAGAGUUGCUACUGGAGAGCCGCGUGGAGGGGACGGAGGGGCAGUGCGGCUCCCCUCUCGUGCAGCCCUCUGAGCAGGUCAAUGGCUCCUCACUGCUCUCUCCCAGUGCACCUGCUCCUCUCCCUGACUGCUUUCAGAGCUUCCUCAGGGAGGAGGCGCUGGACUUUUUCUGUAGCCAGUGUCACAAACAAAUAAGUCGUCUCGAGGACCUCUCGACUCGCCUCAAUUUCCUAGAGAUGACUAGCGCUGGCAAGAGACUGUCCAGCAAGAAAGUGGCAAGGCAUCUCCUGCAGAACAGCUCGAUGACUCUGGACACCAUGAGCGACUUAACGCGGGACAUCCUGGAGCUCGCUGACAAUGACAUCACAGACAAGGUGCUCCUCCUUGAGCGCCGAGUGGCAGAGCUGGAAAAGGAGUCCGAGGCAUCGGGGGAGCAGCACACGCGACUGCGCCAGGAGAACCUUCAGCUGGUGCACCGGGCCAAUGCCUUGGAGGAGCAGCUGAAGGAGCAGGAAGUCCAGGCUGACGAGCUACUGCAGCAAGACACUCGUCGUCACAAGGAGGCUCUGGUCAAGCUGGAGAGGGAGAGGGGGCUGGAGCUGGAAAACCUGCAGGCCAGGCUGCAGCAGCUGGAUGAGGAGAACAGUGAGCUGAGGUCAUGCGUCCCUUGUCUUAGAGCAAACAUUGAGAGACUAGAGGAGGAGAAGAGGAAGCUGCAGGAUGAGACAGAAGUCAUGUCUGACAGGCUGCAGGAGGAGACAGAGUCCCGCAAGAAGAUGGCUGACAAGCUGAGCCAUGAGCGCCACCAGAGCCAAAAGGAGAAGGAGUGCACUCAGGAGCUCAUUGAAGACUUGCGUAAACAGCUUGAGCACCUACAGCUCUACAAGUUGGAGGCGGAAGCAAAGAGGGGACGCUCGCCCGGUGCAGGGCUGCAGGAAUAUCAGACCCGCACCCGCGAAGCCGAGCUGGAGCAAGAGAUCAAACGACUCAAACAGGACAACCGCAGUCUGAAGGAGCAGAAUGACGAGUUAAACGGCCAGAUUAUCAACCUGAGCAUCCAGGGAGCCAAGAACUUGAUGUCGGCCUCCUUCUCCGACUCCCUGGCAGCUGAGAUCAACUCUGUGUCUCGUACGGAGUUGAUGGAGGCUAUCCACAAACAAGAGGAGAUCAACUACAGACUCCAGGACUACAUUGACAAAAUCAUCGUGGCCAUCAUGGAGUCCAACCCCUCCAUCCUUGAGACUCAGAAACUGGACACAGGUGUCGGAAUCACCCACCGGACCCCUUGAUGGAUUUAUAGUUGAACGGUUGUCGUGGGAGGUUGUUUUUGUCCAAACAGCAUGGCGUUCUGCACCAAUAUGCUAAGAAUUCCUAUUUUCCACCCUUCUCACCUCUGUGUCACUGCUCUUCUUCACCUGCCACUCCAUGGAAAAAAUGGCCUUGGAUGUAAAUGACUUGUACAUGUAAAGUUUUUUCUACACUCAUUCUAGAUUCUAGGUAUUUUUAUAGUCCGAAGUAAAGAACAUUUCUUUUUCUUGUCUUAUGCUGAGAGACAGCUGCCUGUAUUCUUCUCUAGCAUGUAGCGUGUACAGUACCUGUUGGUUAUUUUUUUUUUUUUUCUUGUUAAUAACAUGCAGAUAUAUUUAUUCAUCAUUUGACACAAACGACAACUCACACUCAGUGAUCUGUUCUGCUGAAACACGUUUGUACAUUUUUGAAUUCACAAGGGAGAGAUUAAUUCACGCUGAAUGAAUCUGUGGGAGAAUUUAUUGAAUUAAGAGAAAUGUUCAUAGCAAAGAUAUACUGUCUUUGGGUGACUUGCCAUCGUGUGCAAAAGCUUGAAUGUGACCUGCUCAGAAUGGUCGUUUGUCGAGGUCGUUGCACUCUUCAAUAAUGCUGAGGUUGCUGUGACCUCUUCAGGGUUUAGAUACGUGGCAGAGUCUGCAGUUUCUACUGUUGUCUUCCCAGAUGGAGUCAGGUCCUGCAUGGAAACACUCAUUUUUUUAUUGUAUAUCUCUGAUUAAGACCUAAUGUUUUGACUGACGAAUCAUAUGCUAUAAUUUCUAUUAGUGGAGCUGUAGGUUGUGAGACCUCAUGUCAACCCACAACACCUAAAAAAAACUCACUCCUAGGCUUGCUGAGUUCAGCUUCAGACCUUUUAGUGUGACUGGAGGUUUGCCCCAACAGAUUUAAUACUUUAUAGUAAUGGAUUUUUUUUUCUUUUUGCAUUACAAAGAGGAAAUGGGAUGAGACUUGAACACAGUCUGGGGACUAACAUGACUUGCAACAGUAUAACUAGACAGUGAGACCACAGAGCUGACAAAACAUUCCCUUUUAGCAGAGCUGAAGGUGAUUGCACUUUAACCAGAUCCAAAUUCCUGCUUACAAAAUGACCAAAGACAGAUGUUAGAACUGAAACUGAUCAUUUUAUCUAUCAGGGUCCUUGAUCACGCUUUUGGUUAACAUUUUCCUGUUCUAAUAAAUCAUAAAACAACAGGCUCUGAGCUUGCCCUUAAACGAAAAAAACAAACUGGCCUGCUAGUCUAAACACUGUGCCUCUGUGUCUCAGACUUUGCCUCUAAACUAACCUGAUGAUGAGCCCUGGGGAAAGCACUGACCACGUGACUGUCAGUUUGUUAAAUUAUAAUGAUGACACCUGAACUGUAAAUAUGAAUUGUCAUUUUUGUGAACUUUUUUUCUCUCUCACUCACGCUCACUUCCAGUGUCCAAAGAAAGUUUGCUUAAGGCACAAACAUCACUACUGUAGUAGUGCAUGGCUUGCCAUUAUGUGACAUGGGAAGAUAAAAAGAGAAUAUUGUAGAAAAGAGAAAGUUAAAUUUAUUCCUAUUUUCAAAGAUAAAUGUAUAAAUUAUAACAGUAUUGGUUACAGCUGUAUAUUAUUUUUGAAGAUCCCCAAAUGAUCUAAUCCUAAUUGUUACUGGGGAAAUAUAAUUUGUCAUUGUAAAAAGAGAAAAAUUUAAAGGUAAGCAGUGAAAGUAAGAUUAGAAAAAUAAAUGGAAUA